AUGUCUAAUAUGGGAACCAGGUUCGGGGAAGAGACUCAGAUUGACGCCGACGGAUGGCCCCCCGAGAUCGCAGUUUCUGGCAGUUUGGGGCUUCUCCUAUCUCUCUAUCAGCAGACACCAACACCCUUAUUCCAUGUAUGCACAAGUACGCCUGGACAGCUGUGGGAUGCUGGCAUUGCAGUCAAUCAUGAUUGUAGUGCGCAUGACUUUCUCGAGAGCGUUAGGAAAAAUACUCAGCUGAGCACGACACUUCCGGCCGGCCCAGAGGCAUUCUGGUUGCGUACAGACAGCUUUCAAAAUUGGGAGACUUCGAAUUCACGAAAUUCCGCCAUUCCACGCCAGAUCCUCUGCACGGUGAGAGGGUCGCAGACAUCACGUUUACUGAAGCUGGAGAUCAUCGGCAAGAGCUCCCCAGCCAAUGAAAAAUUUCUCAGUCAACUGGUACAUGUCGUCAAACAAUUGCUGGUUGCAACGAAGGACGGACGGAUGUUGCGAGCCCUUGAUUUAAUCUGCGAUCUGGACCGCCAGGAUCUACAGCGAUGGAACAAGCAACCCCCUUCAACUAUAGCGUCCACAGUCCACGAGAUGUUUAGACAGAGAGUUCUGGAGAGCCCAGAAUCACAGGCUGUAGAGUCCUGGGACGGCUGGCUUACAUACAGGGAGCUAGACACCCUAUCCUCGCGUGUGUGUUCGUUACUGCUGAGUGCAGGGGCACGCCAGAGCGACUGCAUCCCUCUCUGCUUUGAAAAAACGCUCUGGACGACGGUGGCAAUGCUGGGCGUCCUGAAGAGUGGCUGUUCCUUUAUGCUCAUGGAUGUCUCGCACCCGACAAGCCGACUGCAGGCACUAACCAAGGAGACCAAGGCCACCAUAAUCCUCAGCUCCUCUGCUCAGGAAGAUAGAGCAAUCAGUCUCGCACCCCGGGCCAUUGUUGUGUCGGCUUCCUCGUUGUCGACUCCCUCGCUGUUGACUCCGUCGGUAGAAGUUAGUCCCCACGAUGGAGCAGCCGUCAUAUUCACAUCAGGAACUACAGGCACGCCAAAGGGGAUUCAGCUUGAGCACGAAUCGUUGUGUUCUAGUCUUGUGGCAUUGGCUCAGCUCUCCGGAAUAAACAAACAAACUCGAUAUUUCCAGUUCUCAUCCUAUGCAUUUGAUGCCGCGUUCGGAGAGAUCCUAAUGACGUUGAUGCACGGCGGUUGCGUCUGCAUUCCUUCCAACGCCGAUCGUUUGAACAAGCUGGCAGAGUCGAUACGCAAUUUCAAUGCCAAUGCGGUUCUGCUUACUCCCACUGUUGUGCGACUACUGUCACUGUCUGACGUCCCUUGUCUGACAACACUCAUUUCCGGAGGAGAGAAGGUCACGCAAGAUAUCGUAGGGCUGUGGGAAGAUAAGCUGGACUUGAUCAUAGCCUAUGGCCCGGCGGAGUCAACAGUAGCAUGCAUCGCAAAGAAAGCCCGUUCUAUGGGUGAUGAUGCUGCUCGGAUUGGGUUUCCUGUCAACAGCCGCGCAUGGAUAGCGCGCCUGGAUGACCCGAAUCAGCUUGCUCCUGUAGGAGCUAUUGGCGAGCUGGUGGUGGAAGGCCCGGGUAUCGCACGGGGUUAUAUCAACAAUGAGGCGGGAAAUGCAAAGUUGUUCCUCAACUCUCUGCCGUGGGCAAAGGAGUCCAUCGGACGGGCUUACAGAACUGGCGACCUGGUUCGAUACGCCGACGACGGUGAACUGGUCUUCAUCGGUCGACGAGACCGCCAAGUCAACUUCGUGGGCAAAGGAUCGAGCUCGAGGAAAUCGAGAGCCAGCUGA